CGGUCUCCAGAGGCACAGAUCAUGCUUGAACACUACCAUACCCUUGGUCCCGCAAUAGAGCGUCCAAAAAUCCUCGGACUCACGGCAUCACCUAUCUUCAACGUCAAGAAUCCCAUCGAUGCGCUGCAAAAGAUCGAGAGGCUGACAGACUCCAAAGUGUUUGUGGUCAAGCAAAAUUCCGAAGACCUCGUGCGCUUCACAUUUCAAGCCAAAGACAUCAUUAUCGACUAUCCUCGAACACCAUCCGUAUUUCCCCUGUACGCAAAGCCGUCCCUCUGGCAAGAACUCCACGACAAACGCCUCUUGCCAAAUGACCUCUUGUUUCCACAUAAACCCUUGAAUUUCGAUAGCAUAGACACCAGAUGGUACAGAGAGCUUAAAGCUCGAUAUGAAUCGAGUCUUUCUGCGUUAGGUCCAUUCGCAGCAGACGUGUUUCUCCUGGUUCAUAUGACGAGCGACCUGAAUUCAAUCAAUGAAAAUUUGCCCCUUUCAUAUACAGAUACUCCGGACAAAUAUGACAAAAUACGCGUACCAAUGAAGCAAUCCUUCGAUGUCCUCGCCCGACACCAAGAGCGCUUAGCCACUGACGGUGCAGUCAUUCCUAAUGAAUGGCUCUCACCGAAAAUGAUUGCACUAAAAAAUUUGCUCGCCAACCAAGACCCAAUGACUCUUCGGGGAGUCAAAAGUGGCCCUCUCGUUGGACAUGGUCAGAAUAUAUGCUCGGAGCCGACGAAAGUUGGUAUGCAAGGGAUGUCUUUUCGUGCUCAAGAACAUAUAUUAGAAGACUUCCGCAAAGGGAAUCUCAAUCUUCUCAUCGCCACUUCCGUGGCGGAGGAAGGAUUGGAUUUCCCGGAGUGUUCACUCGUGUGCCGGUUCGAUCCACCUAAGACAUUGCCUCAAUAUAUUCAAAGUCGAGGACGAGCCAGAAUGGAGAAUUCUUCCUUCGUGAUCUUGUUGGAAGAAGGUCCAUCGUUGGAUCGAGGGAGAUUAGAGGCCUUACAAUUAGGCGAGGUCAAAGUGAAGCAUAUGUAUGGGAGGAAGAUGGAAAUUGAUGGAGAAGACCUUGAACCCGAGAUUGAAGAUAUUUCUUCAUUGUCCGAAAGUCGAUAC